AUGGUAGCACACAACAAGGUGGAAGCAGAUAAUGCAGUUGCAGACAGAAGAUCUCAACGCCUGGAAGCCUCAAACACAGAUCGUUCCCAAAUCCAACCUGCCAGAGCCAUCUAUAACAGCCCCAGACACCCCCUUCCUGCAGCACAGCUUGGUGAUACACAUUUUCGAACCUUCCGCUCUCAGUCGGAUUUCACUGUUAUUACCAGGACCAGCAAUAUGCUGGAUGGUUGUGGUUUUUACUGGGGACCAAUGACAGUCAAUGUGGCACAUGAAAAACUAAGGCAGGAGCCUGUGGGCGCUUUUCUUAUCAGGGACAGUAGACAGAAAAACUGCUUUUUUGCUAUCAGUGUUAAAACAGCUUCAGGACCCAUCAGCAUCAGGAUCCACUUUCAGGCUGGGAGAUUCAGUCUAGAUGGCAGCAAAGAGUCAUUCAGUUGCCUUUUUCAGCUAGUGGAACAUUAUUUACUUUCUCCUAAAAAUAUGAUUGCUUUUCCUCUAAGGAAGGUCAGAUUAAGAACUCUGCAAGAACUCUGUCGAAAAACCAUAUUGGCAACAUUUGGGAGACAGAACUUGGACAGAAUCCCAGUCAACAGAGUGUUAAAAGACUAUUUAAAAUCUUUCCCAUUUCAGAUAUAA